AUGAGCCGAGAAGAACAACAACAAAACUGCUGCUCGCACGACCACGACUGCGACGAAUCCUCCUGCGCGACCAGUUCUUUGCACGGGUUCGUAGACCUCUCGAAACUCUCCUCCCAAAACGUCCAAGCAGAAGCAGAUUGCCGAAACGUUUUCCGAGAAUGGAACUCGAGAUUAGAUACGGAUCCCGUCGGCAUCCAAAGCGACGAGAACGAUUGCGAACUCAUCUUGAGAGUACCAUUCACGGAGGACGUGAAACUGACCGGCGUGGUCAUCGUCGGAGGUAAAAAUGGAACGCACCCGGCGGAAGUGAAACUCUUCGCGAACGAUAAGAACAAAAUAGAUUUGGAAAACGCACACAGAAAGAAACCGACGCAAAAGUUUGACUGGCAGGAAGAUUUUUUAGGCGUUUUAGAGUACGAAACGGAUCGGACGAAGUUUAGCUCAGUUUCCUCGGUGACGAUAUUCGUGUCGAAAAAUAUGGCGAGUUUAAGAGGGGAGGAGAUGCGGACGGAGAUAUCGUACGUAGGGUUACGAGGUGAAGCGAGCGGGAACAGGCGGGAUAUGAUCGUCACGGCGGUGUACGAGACCAAGCCGAUGGCGGAGGAUCAUAAAGUCGAAGAAGGCGAGAUGCAAAAACCGAGGAUGGCGAUGUAG